AUGCCUAACUACGACAACCCUUUUGCCAUAAACGAUACAGAUGAUGAAUCUUCUUAUCAACAUUCUAUUUUAGGAAACCAUGAAAUCCCAUUAACCCUGGGCCCAUUUGAACACGAACAUGAAGUAAAUGGCAUAACUAACAAUAUACACGGUCAUCGGCGUCAAAUCUCAGUAGAUCAAUUACAAGUUCCAACGAACUCCGCAAGAAUAAUUUCUUCUCCCAGACGUUAUGAUGGAUCUCACAAUAUCCGUGAUUCCACGGAUCCUUUCAAUACUGCCUUUGAUGAUGACGAUGAUGAUGAUGCGAUUGGUAAUGGUGGUGACUAUGGGGAGAGGGAAGAAAACUGGAAUCCACAAGAAGAUAUGCGGUCGGUAAACACUUUUCAUAACUAUAGUUUAGAUUCGAAUAUUGAAGGUCACCCGAUGGAUAGUGUCUCUAUGCGUACAAACAAAACAAAUGGUGUUAAUGUGUAUGAAUACGAUCAUUCUGAUAAUUCCAACAUGUACGAAACCUCAACGGCAAACAUUCUUAAUGCACAUGGAGAUACAAACUCUAAUUUUGAAUAUUCACCUGCACACUCUAACCAACAGUUGAACCAACAUAAUAAUUCACAAUCAGGGGAUCGUAACCUUUCAUUUCAUCGUCCUGAUUUUUCAUACUAUUCCGAUGAAUUUUCACCGAUUUUUCAAGAUUUUGAAAGAGAUAUUGAUGAGCCAGAAUUAGAUAAUAACGAUUUGUUCCAAGAUGAAGUAAUGAAUGAUCAAAACGAUCUUAAAGACGGUAAUUUUGCUGAUAAAUGCGACAACAGGGUCGAAUUGAUUGAUGGGAAAUACUAUAGUUUUGACUAUCCGGUCCCAUCGCAGUUACUAAAUCGAAUUCCUUUUAAUGGUGCUAAAAAUUUAACUGAAUUCAAUCGCCUAAGAUAUCAUGCAAUUACCGCAGAUCCGAAGGAUUAUACCGAUGAAGAUCCUAUUAUAAAAGAUUACAUCCAAAAUUAUCCGUUGAGACAAAAUAUAUAUCCUAUCAAGCGUGAUACGGAGUUAAUGAUAGUAUGUACAAUGUACAAUGAGGAUGAGAUUUUACUUGCACGCACUUUGAAGGGUGUUUUCAAAAAUAUCAAGACCAUGUACAAUUUAAAGGAAAAUAAGGAUGUCCACCCUUGGGGAAAGGAUAGUUGGAAGAAGAUUGUUGUUGUUAUUGUAAGUGAUGGUAAGUUGAAAAUUGAUGAGAAAUCGAAAGCAUUACUGACUCUGUUGGGUGCGUUUCAAGAAGGUAUUAUGCAAGAAAGUGUAAAUAAUGAUAAGGUGAAUGCGCACUUAUUUGAAUACACAACAACAUUUGGUAUUGGAAAAUUCGAUUACAAUAGGGAAAAUCAUUCAUAUAAUGUUCCAUUAGUUACUGAACAAACAAUCCCUGUUCAGUUAAUGUUUCUAUUGAAGGAAGAAAACAAACAAAAAAUCAACUCGCAUAGAUGGGCUCUAAACUUCCUUUGUCCAAACCUAAACCCCAAGGUGGUUGUUCUUUUAGACGUUGGAACCGAGCCGGGUCCUGAUUCCAUUUUCAAGUUAUGGAAGGCAUUUAAGGAUCCAAAAGUAGGUGGUUCAUGUGGUGAAAUCAGGGCCAUGUUGGGUAAUCAUGCGUCUCCAAAUGAUGAGAGCUCAAUUUGGAGGAAAAUUGGUAGAUUCAUCUAUUUUAAAUUUUCAGACUUUGUCAUGUGUACGAUCAAUCCACUAGUUGCAGCCCAAAACUUUGAAUAUAAAAUGUCAAAUAUUUUGGAUAAACCAAUGGAGAGUUCUUUUGGAUUUGUUACUGUUUUGCCAGGUGCCUUCUCUGCGUAUAGAUACGAGGCAUUAAAGGGAGAACCGUUAAGAGCAUAUUUCCAUGGUGAGGAUAUGAAAUCAGCUACUUCUAAGCCAGCUGGAAUUCUAGAAUCUAAUAUGUACCUUGCAGAAGAUAGAAUUCUAUGUUUUGAGUUAGUUGCCAAGAGCGAAAAAUCAUAUUUAUUGAAAUAUGUUCACAAUUCGUAUGCCGUUACUGAUGUUCCAUCCCAUAUUAGUGAAUUUGUUAACCAAAGAAGAAGAUGGUUAAAUGGCUCAUUUUUUGCUGCAUUAUAUUCUAACCUACAUUUCUAUCGUUUAUUAAAAUCAACACAUUCAAUAGGAAGGAAAAUAGCAUUAGUUAUCGAAGUAAUUUACCAAACGAUUAAUAUAUUACUAUCCUGGUUUUCAUUAUCAAUUUACUUCCUAGUUUUCAGGAUUCUAACACAAAAUAUCAGAGACACAUUUGUUGGUGAAAAGGUUGGAAAUAUAUUGGCAAUUGUGUUUCUUUGGGUUUACAUUGCAGCAUUUGUUCUAACUUUUAUUAUUUCAUUCGGUAAUAAACCAAAUGAUGCGAAAUAUCUCUAUUUAUUAGUUUUUGCAUUGUUUGCUUGUGUGGUGAUAUACAUGACAUUCUGUGUUAUCGUAUUAACGAUUGAAUCGGUUCAUUUGAUUAAGCAACAAAUUGGGGACUAUUCCUCAUUCACUGCUUCCAUUGCAUUGAAGUACUUUGAAAAUUCCAAAUUUAGAGAUUUAACAGUGUCCUUAGCAUCUACCUAUGCCCUAUAUCUGAUUGGGUCGUUAAUUUUCUUUGACGUUUUCCAUUUGAUUGCAUGUACCAUACCAUAUGUGCUAUUGUCGCCAGCAUACAUUAAUGUAUUGAGUGUUUUUGCAUUCUGUAAUAUUAAUGAUAUAUCGUGGGGUACCAAGGGAUCUGUUACUAUUGAAGCGCCAAAGAAAAAGGCAGUGAACGAUGACAACGAUGAAAAGAAUAUUUUACUACUAAGUGAAAACCUGGAAAAUCCAGAUGAUUUAUUCAAAAAGGCACAGUUAUGUAUGGAGGGUAAAAACCCUGAUAAUGAUGGUGAAAAGGCAGCAAAACUGGAGAGUGAUUUGAUCCUAGAAAAUAUUAAGAAAUCAGAAAAAAACUACGCAUUAGGUAGAACCUACACUGUUUCACUAUGGUUAAUUUGUAACUUUAUCCUGCUUGUUAUUAUUUUGCGUACCGGGGGGUUAGAGGACUAUUCGGACUACAAAAAUGGAACGGAUACAUCGACUUCUACCAGUGGACUUUCCAAGAGAAGUUACUGGAAUAAUAUGAAUGUUGCUAACAUUUUUAUGACGGUUAUCUUAUGGCUUGUUGCGGCGCUAGCAUUGGUCAGACUAAUCGGAUGUAUCUAUUACCGGAUCUCUUUUUUUUUCAAGGAGAGAAAAUUCCAUCGCUCCUUAGUUGUGUAA